AUGGGUAAAAAGAACACCAAAGGUGGUAAGAAAGGUAGAAGAGGAAAGAACGACUCCGGUGGACCAAAGCGUGAGCUUUACUACAAGGAAGAGGGUCAAGAAUAUGCUCAAAUCACCAAAAUGCUUGGAAAUGGAAGAGUCGAAGCAGCUUGCUUUGAUGGUAUUAAGAGAAUGGCGCACAUCAGAGGUAAGCUAAGAAAGAGAGUUUGGAUGGGACAAGGUGAUAUCAUUUUGGUUUCUUUAAGAGACUUUCAAGAUGACCAAUGUGAUGUAGUCCACAAGUAUAAUCUUGAUGAGGCUAGAACCUUGAAGAGUCAAGGUGAGUUGCCAGAAAAUGCAAAGAUUAAUGAAACUGAUAACUUUGGUUUCGAGUCAGAUGAGGACGUCAACUUCGAAUUUGGUAAUGCUGAUGAAGAUGAUGAAGAUGAAGAGGAUGACGACUUUGACAUUGAUGACAUUUAG